UGUUAUUUUAAAAUGAAAAUAAGAAAUAGUCAUUACUAAACACGAUUUAGGUCACUAAGCAUUGAUUGCACCGCGCCCGGGUAUACAGCGAGUGAUCGGGACUGUUCCAGCAUAUACCGGUUAGCUGUCACAGAGAGAGGGUGCAGGCUUGAGUUUUGGAACAUGGAAGAUUCUGAGAUCGAUAAUCCUGAAAGUACCUCUUCGUCCAUUUCAGAGGAUAUUGAAGCACUGUCUCAAGCGCUUUCUCCUUCUAAGGCACAAACCCAAAUGGAUUUAAAUCCAGCAGACACCAUGGCGACGACUGAAGAACCUGUGGAUCCAUUUAGUAAAGUUGAGAGCGAAGGACAGGAGGAAAUUAACGACUUUCUUCAUCAAGAAGAGAAAAGCGAUAAUUAUGAAGAAAAUUCAAAUGUACAUCCAACUGAAGUGGCAGUUCUAGGGAAUGAUGAGACUGAGUUGGAUUUGAUAAGUACUAAGAGUCCUGAGGACGAAAAUGAAGAUUUUUUUGCAAGUACACCUCCACCGAUGAACAUGGGAUCCAGCAACAUGUUAAAAAACGUGACAGAUCUACCGAACCUUGUGAAUUCUUCAGGAAAUGAAGAAGAGCUUGAAACAAAUGAGGACUUGACUAUUCAAGGAAAUGAAGAUGUAAAAAGUGUUCAAAGUCUUCGGCAGGACGAGGGAGUUAUAUUCCCAAGGGCGUCUUCUGUGGCGUCUGUAAAAUCAGGCCUGCCUCCCUUGAAUCCUGAAAAUUCAAUAACUCUAGGCGAGUCAGAAACUCAGAAGGAUAUUGAUGCUGAUGAAACAAAGGAAGGAAACGAGGAGAGUUCUGAAAGUCCUCAAGCAGAAGCAGAGGAGGGAGAUAUGGUUGCAAGAUCAUCACCUUUUGUGUCUAUGUUACCUGAAAAUGAGCAAAUAGAUAAUGAAGUAACUCCCAUAAAUCUUGAAAACUCUUCAACAAAUGCAAAUGAGGAUGAAAAUGAAGACCAAACUACAUCUUCAUUUGACUUUUAUUGGAAAAGUAAACUUGAAAACGAGUCCUUCAAUUUGCAACCAACCAAAGCAUCUGCUUUAGAAAGUGAUCAGACCAUGGAAGAAAGUUAUCAAAAUGAUAAAGGUUUUCCUCUGGAUGACUAUGAAGAAGAGUUAUCACAAAUACCAGAAGAGGAAGUCAUAACUGCAGAAGCACACGAUGAAGAGGAAGUUAUAUCUGCAGAAGCACAUGAAGAGGAAGAAAUUCAGUCUGCAGAAGCACAAGAAGGAGACGAAGUUCAGUCUGCAGAGGCACAAGAAGAGGAAGAAUUUAAAUCCCAAGAUGAACCUUUCAUGACAACUGCAGGUGAUGUAAGUCAAAGAAUACAGGCUGAUGUUAAUCUUCCAGAAGUGUACUUUACAGUAGGAUACAAGAAUCAGUUUAGUGAAGAUGUGGAGAAGCCAUUCACAUCCUUCUACAGGGAUCAACUUCCUUAUGUUGGUGAGGACAGUAUUCAGUAUUUUAAGUAUAAAGGAACUAAAGUCUGGGACAAAGUUGAAGGCUUUGAUCAUGUAUUUUGCAGUGUUGGGACUGAUGUCGCAAUUGAGGAAAAAAUAAAUGAAAUUGAAGAAUACUUAGCAAAAAGAGCGCUUUCCUUUACUCCUGAUGAUGAAGCAAGUGAAGAAGACAAUUUUGUUCUUUUGGGAGGUGGCAGCUAUGGUACAGGGUUGGCAGACAGUUUUUCAGGCUCAGUUAAACCCAAAGCCACACAUUUCCUGUGCAUAAAAGUGAAGAAUGAUCAAGUGAAAUCUAUAGCUGCAAAGGUAAAAGAACAUUUGCUUAACAAGGAACCAGAUCUUUAUAAGUGUACAUUGCCAAACGAACGUUUACAUGUCACUCUUGCUAGGGUCCAUUGCAGUGCUCAAGAUGCAAUCAUCGAAAUCAACAACAUGCUAAGAGGUUUGCGACCACGUAUUCAAGACCUUGUUGGUAGUUCUGAAUUUGAAAAUCCUCAGCGGAUUAUAAGAGCUCGAGGAUUAUCAACCUUUGGCAAUCAAGUAUUGUAUGUCAAACUUGAUGUUCCAGCAGCCUUUAUUUCUGUGAUUGAGAAGCUUCAGGAGUCUCUCUCUCGUAUCAAAAAUGUUAUUGUUACUAACCACUUUGAGUCUAUUCCUCAUAUGGUUCUCAUGAAAGUGGAUAAUACAACUGCCCGGAAAAGGGGGUUUAAUAACUUUGAUUCCAGUCUCUACAAAGACUAUGUUAAUCAAGACUUUGGAAUGAUUACAUUUGAUAACAUUCAUUUCUGUCUCAUUGAUGAUAUAAGGGAUCAGGAUGGAUUUUAUAUCACAAGCAAGAAAAUUGAGUUUUAAUUGUGUGAAGAUUUUGGGCCAUAUUCACUUAUUAAGUACUAAAUAAAUCUGUUGCACAUGCACAUACAUUAAUGCUACUGUCAUAGAAUUAUGAUAUGCUUUUAUUUAUUUAUUGAAAAAUAUCUGCUGUGUCAACACCUAUAGCCAUAUGAGGAAUUUUUUUGGUUCAUAAGGUGAUGUUUAUGGAUUCCCUGAAUGGCUAAUGGUAAAAACAAAUAAAUAUGCCAGACAUCAAAUGUCAUACAGUAUUAUGGUAAAGUUUUGUGGUAAAAAGGUUAAAAAUGAAUUAACAUUUAGGACAAAAUAUGUUAUAUAUCAAAGGUUGUAGAAGGCUGUAGGUUAGUAUGGUAGUGAAAAGGGUAAAGAGUAAAGAGCAAACAGUGUAUGAAGGCCAAUCAGGACUGACGCAGAGCAAGCUAUUCAUACUUUCAGUGUGGUUCUCACACUUUAGGAUGUGGACAGAUGGUAAUGAAGAAGAGAAGGAAAAGGAAAGUGGGAGAAGAAAAGACCAUGCAAAAUUAGUUGAGACGAGGGCUGAGAUCCAAGGUAGGGCUGAUCCCGUACAUU